AUGGAUUCUUCAGAACAUAGCCCUGUACUAAGUCCCUUUGAUUAUGCAGAAGAAGAACCAUUAGCUGAGGUUUCCUUGCGCAAACAGUCCGAGUCUUGGCGAUUGAUCAGUCCUAUAAGAGACAUUUCUUCGACAGGUAAUAGAGAUCUACCAGGUGUUCAAUUAAAGAAAUUCACUUGCUUACUUGUAAGACAUGCCGAAUCUGAGCACAACGUUCGUGGGAUAAGGGCUGGAAGCAUUGACAGUGAAUUGACGAUUCACGGUUAUAAUCAAGCAAAGAAGCUUGCAAAGUCUUUAAAGGAACAAAGGGUUCGUUGCAUAUAUUCCUCACCUCAGACGCGUGCUCAGAGAACGGCCCUGGAAAUUGCUAAAGUAACGAAUUGUCCCAAUUUCACGUCCAGCCUGCUCCGUGAGAAAGAUUUAGGGUCAUUAGAAGGAACAUCAUUUAGGUUUACUGCCAAUUACAGACCUAAUGAAGCGCCCAUGAAGGUUCAUGGUUUGGAAAAUCGCGAUUCAUUAGUACAUAGAGCACGUGAAUUUGCGGAAAGCUUGUUGAUGGAAGCAGAAGAAACGGGACUUGAUGCUUCAGAUGUAGUUGUUAUUGUUUCACAUGGUCUUUUCCUACCCUUUCUUUUACGUGCCAUUUUGGCAGCUGUUAGAACACCCCUUCCUUCUAAAAUACUUCCUUGGAGCAAUGCUUCCUACACCUCAAUUGCUAUCGAUUUAGAGGGCAACACGACUGUAGAGAUGAACUUGAAUUCGCAUCUUCGAGGUGUUCGAAGAGUACGAAAUAUAGGCAGUACAACGUACGACUCAAAGCAGAAGCCUAUUACUGAGUUUUGCAGGCGAGUAGAUUAA